UUUUCUUUGCUAUGUCAUCGUAGUCAGUGGUGGCGGAAAAGCGUUGAAGGCCCGGCUCGUUAGGCAUGAGAGUGGCCAAAGUGUUUGAAUUAGGUAUGGGGCAGUUCACCCUGUGGCGAGUUAGGGUGGAAUGUUUGCCCUUGGGACGGCGUGACGGAAAGGCAUGGAGGUUGGGCGGUCCAGGUUAAUUUGAAGGCUGAUUUUGGCUGAAGGUCUGGCGACAGCAUCGGAUCCCACGUAGCAACUUUGGCCUGGCGCGAAAGAAGGAAGCUCUGACCCCUGGGAGUAUGGACAAAGGCUUUGGGCUAUAGAAGCAAUGCCUUCGGAUGAUCCCCAUUUGAGGAUGAUGGAUGUUAUGGGAAAUCCUGUGCCGAGUGGAUUCGUCUUCAUUUACAGUUCCUUAAGGACUAUGGCUCUGUGUCGUCAUGCCUUUGGUUUUUAUUUUAACCAUCUACAUUAUAAAAGGAUAAAAGGCAGAUCUUCAUAAAGAAUAAUUGUGGACUGGGCUAGAUUAUUUUCUGCAGGGGAAACUUCUGCAUUUAGAAUUUCGUCAUAACUUUGGGUUUUAAGGAAUAGUCAUUUUCUUUCCCCCACCGUAUCUGGAAAAUGACUUGUUACUCGCUAGUUAAAAUCAGAUCUGAGAUAAUACCUAUUUAAAUUUUAGUUUCUGGUUUCCCUGUAAGGCUUGAUUAGAAGAUGCACAUUUCGUAUUGUUUAGUGAUAAUGGUGAUGAAGUGUGAUGAAUCCUGGAUAAAAUCAAAAUUAUUUAAAAUGAACUUAAUUAAUUUCAGUGACUUGCCCUUAAAGGAGCUUUUUAGGACUCACUUCCAUCUUUUCAUAGGUUAGAAGUUCUAACAGAUCAGGGUCUUUAAAUCAACACAGUCACAAAAAUACUUGUGUUGCAUUCAUAAGUAGAAAAAAUUUUAAGUGCAGUGUACUUUAGGGUAUUUUGAUUUUUGUGUAAUGUUCUAAGAGUAGAAUUUCUGGGGAGUUUGCUUAAGGAAAUAACGGAACCACAGAAAAAGUGCUCAUUUUGAGAACUGGUCUCUUAUAGGCGGUUUCCCAGGUAUGUCAUUGUUGAGAGAUAAAAUGGUACAUUUCCCUACCAUCUAAAGGGCAGAAAAGUUAAGUGUUAGUUAUAUGUGGCAAAUUAGAAAAAAAUACCAUAUAUUGUCUGUUUGAAUUGGAAUUCAGAUUUGUACUCAUGGAACUAUUUACAAUGCUGUUUGUAAGCAAGGGAGAAUAAGAAAAUUUUUAAAUUUGACAUAUUCUUGAAACAUCCCUAAGUAUCUUGUAGAUACAUUUAUGUUCUCAGGGUAAAUCCCUUUUAAAUUUUUGAAAAAGUUUAGAAGAGACAAAAUGGCAUGUAUCUUUCUAAAAUAUUUUAAAAGUAAAGGAGCUAAGUCAGUUUGCAUAGGAAGGAAUCUUGAAACUUCAGUGGGGACUAUUCCAGAAGCCAUUUAUAGUUUUUUAAAUGUUGGUGUGGAUAUUAGUUUGUUGAAGGAACCAGGCUUGUACUUAUUUUUUAUUUUUGGUACUGUGCGGAUUUUAAUAGACCAUUUUUUUAGAGCAGUUUUUUAGGUUUACAGCAGUAAGGAGCAGAAGAUACAGAGAUUUCCCAUAUACCCCUGCCCCCACACAUGUACCAUGUAAAUAUUUUAAUAAUAAGUGUCAUUAAUAUUUUCAGUAUUAAUUUGGCAUUGAUAAUUCAGAUGUAGAAUAUGCCAAGUAAUUUCUUGAUAUCUUUGUUAGUUUAGCUUGUAGUUUAAAAAGUUUAAUCAGUGGACCAUUUUCAAAGGAAAAUAAACCCUGCAGACCUCAGUAUGUCUUUUUUUUUUUAAGAUUUUAUUUAUUUGACAGAGAGAGAUAGUGAGAGCAGGAACACAGGAAGGGGGAGUGGGGGAGGGAGAAGCAGGCUUCCUGGCAAGCAGGGAGCCUGAUGUGGGGCUCCAUCCCAGGACCCUGGGGUCAUGACUUGAGCCUAAGGCAGACGCUUAAGGACUGAGCCACCCAGGUGCCCCAAAGAAUAUGUCUUUAGACAACACUUUGUGGAAGAGUGGUACUUAAGUGUAAAUACUGAAUUAAAGCAACAUUUAUUGGCACAUUAAAAACAAAUUUGUAAUUAUUAAUUUAACAACGUUUAAAAACUUAUUCAGUAAGACUACAUUAAAUAUUGUUACUUUGGGUAUCUCUGAAAAUAUUAGAUAUAAAUUUCCUUAAGGAAAUAUUAAGUUAAGAUUUUUCAGCAGUUAACACUGAUAAUCCCUAAACAUUCUAAUUAAAUGUGCUUUUAUUCUAUUUUCUACAUGUCAUUUGGGUUUUCUCAGUGCAGCACAGUUUGAAAUGGAAUAAACUUGUUAGCAUAAUAAGAUUUUCUAUUUGGCUUAAGAUGAAUUUUAAUAGUAAUUGUUUUAGCAGUUUAAGAUAAGGAGGAGUAGUUGAGAUUUUUUUUAUUUUAGAGGUAUUUUAUUUUUUUAAAGAUUUUUAUUUAUUUGAUAGAGCAGUGGGGAGAGGCAGAGGGAGAGAGAAUCCAAGCAGACUAUGUGCUGAGCAUAGAGCCCGACGAGGGGCUUGAUCUCAUGACCCUGAGAUCAUGACCUGAGCCGAAACCAAGAGUCAGAUACUUAACCGACUAAAUCACCCAGGCUCCCCAGUUUUAGGGGUAUUUUAGUAUUUGCCUUAAUUAUAUUAGAAUCAGGAAACUUGGUUCCAUGUUUGGAAGUGUGAGCUGUAUGUGUAGAACUUAAAAUUGUAUCCAAAGGGUAGCCAUUGGUUUGGAUCAAAACAUUAGUGUCUUGUUCAUUUAUUGUAUCAUUUUGAAUCAUUGCCUUAUUAAUUUGAUUUGGUCUUAUGUUUUAAAAGGGAGGAAAAUUGCAAGAGUUGGACUUACUGAGCUAGGUGUUUGGUCUUUUCAUGAGUGGAAGUGAUAGGCUUUUGGGGAAUUUUUGGUGUUUUUAAAUUGUCAUUUUACUUGUAGAACAGUUGUCUUUUUCUAAGUGGAUGUAAAAUUUAUAUACAGUGAAAUGCAGAGACCUUAAGGAUAGUAUUCAUUUAAUCAUAGCAAGUUUAUACACCCAUAUAACCAACACUCUAAUCAAAAUGUGUAACAUUUCUAUCACCCUUUUCCUCAUGCCACUUCCAAUCAAGGAGCUGUUUAAUUUCCAGAAGUUUUUUGUUUUAAAAUAAUUUGCAGAUGUCUACUUGGAAUUUGUACUUCGUUUUUGCUGAAGGAUGUUUAAUUUCCCCUUGGAACAAAGAAGACCAUUUUGUAAUGCCCAUAGUUGUGGUUCCUAUAUUGCUUCACUUUUAAUAGUUAAGUUGCUUUUACAGAAUUAACAGGUCUCCAAGAAAUUUUAAAAAGGUCAUUAUUGCUGUGGUUUGAGCUCAGCAUGGCUGUAGUCAUCCGUUUACUGGGGCUUCCUUUUAUUGCGGGGCCUGUGGAUAUUCGUCACUUCUUCACGGGAUUGACUAUUCCUGAUGGAGGAGUGCAUAUAAUUGGAGGGGAAAUUGGGGAGGCUUUUAUUAUAUUUGCAACAGAUGAAGAUGCAAGACGUGCCAUAAGUCGUUCAGGAGGGUUUAUCAAGGAUUCAUCUGUAGAGCUCUUUCUUAGUAGUAAGGCAGAAAUGCAGAAGACUAUAGAAAUGAGAAGAACUGAACGCAUAGGAAGAGAGCGACCAGGAUCUGGGGCGUCAGGGGCUGGCAGCUUGUCUAACUUUGUUGAGGCUAUUAAAGAAGAAGCAAGUAAUUCUGGAUAUGGCUCUCCAAUUAAUCAAGAUGCUGGGUUUCAUACUAAUGGUACAGGACAUGGUGAUUUAAGGCCAAGAAAGACACGGCCAUUGAAGGCAGAGAAUCCUUACUUGUUUCUGCGAGGUUUGCCUUACUUAGUAAAUGAAGAUGAUGUACGUGUCUUUUUCUCUGGUUUGUGUGUGGAUGGCGUAAUUUUCUUGAAACAUCAUGAUGGCCGAAAUAAUGGUGAUGCCAUAGUAAAAUUUGCUUCAUGUAUUGAUGCUUCAGGAGGUCUUAAAUGUCAUAGAAGUUUUAUGGGUUCAAGAUUCAUAGAAGUAAUGCAAGGCUCAGAACAGCAGUGGAUUGAGUUUGGUGGUAACGCAAUUAAGGAGGUUGACAUUCCUAUGAGAACUGAAGAACAUUCUCCACCAAGAGGAAUUAAUGAUCGACAUUUUCGAAAACGAUCUCAUUCAAAAUCUCCCAGAAGAACACGUUCUCGUUCUCCUCUUGGAUUUUAUGUUCACUUAAAAAAUCUAUCCCUAAGUAUUAAUAAGAGAGAUUUAAGAAAUUUCUUUAGAGAUACUGAUCUGACUAAUGAACAGAUUAGAUUUUUAUAUAAAGAUGAAAGAAGAACAAGAUACGCAUUUGUGAUGUUCAAAACUCUGAAAGACUAUAACACCGCUCUGGGUUUACAUAAGACAGUUUUACAAUAUCGUCCAGUUCAUAUUGAUCCUGUUUCUAGAAAACAAAUGCUGAAGUUCAUUGAAUGUUAUGAAAAGAAAAGACCAGUGUCAAUAGAGAAAGAGAGGCUUGGACAUAUUUCACAAAAAUACUCUCAAGAAGGCUACCCUGGCCAGAAACUGUGUAUAUAUAUAAGAAAUUUUCCUUUUGAUGUUACAAAAGUUGAAGUGCAAAAGUUCUUUGCGGACUUCUCUCUUGCAGAGGAUGACAUUUACUUACUUUAUGAUGACAAAGGAGUUGGUCUGGGAGAAGCAUUGGUGAAAUUCAAAACAGAAGAACAGGCCAUGAAAGCUGAACGUUUAAACCGACGGAGAUUCUUGGGGACAGAGGUAUUGUUAAGACUUAUAUCUGAGGCACAAAUGCAGGAGUUUGGUGUAAAUUUUUCCUUGAUGCCCACUGAGAGAAUGCAAGACCAUUCACAGUCAUGUGAUAGAGAUGACCAUUCCCAUUCAUUUGACUCAAGUGAUCCACCAAUAUACUCAGUUGGCCCAUCUGAAAACUUUAGGCAUCAGCAGGAGGACUUGAGGCAACUGGACAAUUUCAAGCAAACCCAGGCGGAUUUCCGACAGCUUGACAGGAGCCUUCCAGAAGACUUUAGGCAUUCCCCAGAGGACUUCAGGCGCUCCCCAGAAGACUUCAGGCGCCCUCGGGAGGAGCACUUCAGGCGGCCUCUUGAGGAGGAUUUCAGGCGCCCUUGGGAGGAGGAUUUCAGGUACCCUCGGGAGGAUUUCAGGUACCCUCGGGAGGAGGACUGGAGGCGGCCACCCGAGGAGGAUUUCAGACGACCUCCCAAGGAGGACUUCAGGCGACCCCCCGAGGAGGACUGGAGGCGACCCCCCGAGGAGGACUGGAGGAGGCCCUUGGAGGGAGACUUUAGGCGGCCACCUGAGGAGGAUUGGAGGCGGCCUCCUGAGGACGACUUCAGGCGGCUUCCCCAAGGGGAAUGGAGACGACCACCUGAGGAGGACUUCAGGCGACCACCCGAGGAGGACUUCAGGCGACCACCCGAGGAGGACUUCAGGCGACCUCCCGAGGAGGACUUCAGGCGGCCCCCUGAGGAGGAUUUCAGGCGACUUCCGGAGGAAGACUUCAGGCGACCUCCCGAGGAGGAUUUCAGGCGUUCUCCUGAGGAGGAUUUCAGGCGACCGCCCCCGGAACACUUCAGGCGGCCGCCCCCGGAGCACCUCAGGCGGCCGCCCCCGGAGCAUUUCAGGCGGCCGCCCCAGGAGCACUUCAGGCGGCCGCCUCAGGAGCACUUCCGCCGGCCGCCCCAGGAGCACUUCCGCCGGCCGCCUCAGGAGCAUUUCCGGCGGCCACCCCAGGAACAUUUCAGGCGCCCCCGAGAGGAAGAUUUCAGGCACCCACCGGAUGAAGAUUUCAGGGGCCCUCCUGAUGAAGACUUCAGGCAUCCUCCUGACGAGGACUUCAGGAGCCCCCAGGAGGAAGACUUUAGAUGCCCUUCUGAUGAGGACUUCAGGCGGCUCCCGGAGGAAGACCUCAGGGAACCUCCAGAAGAGGACCCUAGACUUCCUGACAGUUUUAGACCUCCUGCUGAGGAGUUUAGGAACCCACCUGAUGACUUUAGAAGUCAUCGCCCUUUUGUGAAUUUUGGUCGCCCAGAAGGUGGCAAGUUUGAUUUUGGAAAGCGCAGUAUGGGAAGUUUACCUGAGGGGAGGUUUAUUCCUGACCCAAAAUUAAAUUGUAGUUCAGGUAGAGUAACACCUAUUAAGAUAAUGAAUCUUCCAUUUAAAGCUAAUGUUAAUGAAAUUCUAGACUUUUUCCAUGGCUAUAGAAUCAUACCCGAUUCAGUUUCAAUACAGUAUAAUGAACAAGGAUUACCUACAGGGGAAGCCAUUGUUGCUAUGAUAAACUAUAAUGAAGCUAUGGCUGCUAUUAAAGAUCUAAAUGAUAGGCCAGUUGGCCCUCGCAAAGUUAAGUUACUGUUGCUCUAGAGAGCAUUUCUAAAUUCAGUAACGUCCCCACAGUAUUGAUGCAGUAAAAUGCAUUUGUUUUUAAGUGUUUAUUUUUAAUGAUCUAAUGGAAAACAUUUUAAUUUGACUUGUGAAUAGAACAAAUGUAAAUAUUAGAAUGUGAAUCUGGUUUUCUUUUGCUUGCAAAUUGCCAUUCAGUUUUUCUAAUUUAAAAUUAUAUAUGCCCCCCCCCUUUUUUUUUUGGACAGUGGGGGAGAAAAUUCCGAGUGCAUUAAUUUUUGUUGAUAUCUUGGGUAAACCUCAAGACUUGUAUAGUAGAGCUGUAUUUGGGGAAGAUAAAUUUUAUAUUCACUUUUGUUUCCAGUCUGUAGUCUACAUCUUAUACUGUGUAAGGAAAUGGUCAGUGAUUUAUUGUUCAGGUUUAGCAUUUUUAUUGCUAACUGCCUGCAGAAUUAAUGCCCUCUUCUUUGUCUGAGAUAUUACUGUGUUAAGCCUCCCGUUAAUUAUAAAUAGUUCAAAAUAGACAGACUGUGAAUUUGAAGUUUACUUAUGUAAAAAGCUUAGGAGAUUCUUGAAGUUUCCAUGUUCGUAACUGCAAAGUUUUAUAAAAAUAAAAAAAUUGCAACUGAAUAGACCAACUAAUUAACUUUACUUGUAUUUGUAUAAAAAGAAAAAAGAAUUACAGCUUCUUCUGUGAAGUUUUCAACAGCUACCUUAGUAUUUAUGAUAGGAUGGACCAAACAUCUAUAAUAGUAGCAUAGAGAGGUAUGUUUAGUUCUAUGGUUUCCUCCACAUUUCAUCAACCAAACUGAUAAAAUUAACUCAAAAUACUUAAAAGUUACUAAAAAGUAACUAUAGCUACAAAGGACAUUCAGACUUCUGCUGGGAAGAAUGUGAUAUAUGGAUAUAGUUUCUUUUUAGGAAGAAUUUAGUGAUGAUUCAUUUAACUUGUAGUUUUUAUUAGGUUCUCAUUUUUAAAUUUCAAGACUUUGUAUCCAAAGACUCAAUAACUAAAUAUAAUCAGACUUCUAUGAGAUUGAAUUUUGACUUCUUUGAUGUAUUUAGUGUGAGCAUUUUGUAAACACUGGAUUUGAUUUUUUUAAUACCCAUAAUAAUAUUAAUGGCUAACAUUUAUUGGGCACUUACUGUUUGCUAGGCAGUAAAAGUGAUUUACAUGCAUAAUCUCAAUUUAAAUAUUCCUUAAGUAUGGAAUAUUACUUACGUCUCUUUCAACAAGUGAGAUAAUGAAGUUUAGAGGUUCAGUAACUUGCUUAAAGUCAUAGCUUGUAAAUCAUGGAGACAGUUUCAACCCAGACAGACCACUGACUCCAGUUGAUGCUCUUAACACUUUUGCCUACUAACUUUGUUAAGUGGUACUUCUCAUUUUAGUAAGAUCAUGCUAAAAAUACUUUGAAAUACUUUCUUCACACA